AUGGAGUCGAAAGACGAGGCAAAAACGACGGAUUGGUACGAGUUAGAAGCUGGGGAAAGUAAGGCAACAUUUUUAGUGUGGCAAGAUCUAACAGUGAUAGCACAAAACUGGAGAAAUGGUGCAACAAGAAAGUUACUUCAUGGGUUAAAUGGGUACGCAGAACCUGAUCGAAUUAUGGCCAUUAUGGGUCCUUCUGGCUCUGGCAAAUCCACCUUACUUGAUGCAUUGGCUGGGAGACUCUCAACAAAUACUAUAAUGAAAGGAAAUGUUCUACUCAAUGGCAAGAAGGGAAGCGCAGCUUGCCGAGAUGCUUCUUAUGUAAUUCAAGAGGAUUACUUCUUGGGGACGCUCGCCGUCAGAGAAACCCUAACUCAUUCAGCUCAACUGAGGCUUCCUUCUGAAAUGACAAACAAUGAGAUAGUGGAAGAGACAAUCAUCAAAAUGGGUCUCCAAGAUUGCGCUGAAAACAAGAUUAGAAACUGGCAUUCCAGAGAAAUAAGCAAAGGAGAGAAGAGGAGGCUUAGUAUUAGUAUUGAGAUUUUAACACAACCGCGAGUCUUGUUUCUCGAUGAAGUCACUAGCGGGGUGGAUAGUGCUUCAGCUUUCUUUGUGCUUCAAGUUCUAAAAAAAAUUGCCCACGAUGGAAGGAUUGUUGUUUGCUCCAUUCAUCAACCGAGUAGUCAUCUGUUUGAGUUGUUCGAUGAUUUGCUUCUCCUCUCAUGUGGAGAAACGAUAUAUUUUGGAGAUGCAAAAUUUGUUGUAAAGGUUAUAAAUUAA